CGCGUCACAUCAGCUCCGAGCCAAAAAAAGCGGCGAGGCGGCCCCGGCGGCGGCGGCGGCGGCGGUGGUGGUGGCCGCGGUGCGGUGCUAUGGCGGAUAUGGAGGACCUCUUCGGCAGCGACGCGGACAGCGACGCGGAGCACAAAGAUUCUGACUCCGGAUCCGACUUGGACUCCGACCAGGAGAACGCGCCGUCCGGCAGCAACGCCUCUGGAAGUGAAAGUGACCAGGACGAUGCGGGCGACUUGGGGCAGCCGAGUAACAAGGAGCUCUUCGGUGAGGACAGCGAGGACGAGGCGGCGUCGCGCCACAGCGGCAGCGAGAAUGCGUCUGAGCGCUCCGACAACAGAUCGGAGGCCUCCGAGCGCUCCGACCGCGAGGACAACGACGGCUCGGACGUGGACCAGCACAGCGGCUCGGACGCCCAGCACGAGGACGAGGACGACGGCCACAGGUCUGACGGUGGGAGCCACCGCUCAGAGGCAGACGGCUCGGAGAAGGCGCAGUCCGACGACGACAAGUGGGGCGGAGAGGACAAGAGCGACCAGUCUGACGACGAGAAGAUGCAGAACUCGGACGAGGAGGAGCAGGCCCAGGCGUCCGACGAGGACAAGCUGCCCAACUCAGACGAGGACGAGAAGAUGCAGAACUCGGACGACGAAGACCGGCCUGCGCUGUCCGACGACGAGCAGCCGCCGCUGUCCGAGGAGGAGAAGGCCAACUCGGACGAGGAGCAGCCAGUGGCGUCCGACAACGAGGACGAGAAGCAGAACUCCGACGAGGACGAGCGGCCACAGGGGUCCGAUGAGGACAAAGCACAGAACUCUGAUGAUGAGCGGCCGGCCUCGGAUGAGGACCACAGGCCGUCAGACGACGAGGAGGAGCAGGAGCACAAGUCAGAGUCUGCAAGAGGCAGCGAUAGUGAAGAUGAAGUCUUGCGGAUGAAACGCAAGAACGCAAUUGCCUCGGAUUCCGAAGCAGACAGCGAUGCCGAGCUGCCCAAAGAUGGCAGUGGCGCCAUGGACCUGUUUGGAGGGGCAGACGACAUCUCCUCCGGCAGUGACGGGGAGGACAAGCCCCCCACCCCGGGACAGCCCAUGGAUGAGAACGGGUUGGCUCCCGACCAGCAGGAGGAGGAGCCCGUGCCCGAGACCAGGAUCGAGGUGGAGAUUCCCAAAGUGAACACUGACUUAGGCAACGACCUGUACUUCGUCAAGCUGCCCAACUUCCUCAGCGUGGAGCCCAGACCUUUUGAUCCCCAGUACUAUGAAGAUGAAUUUGAAGAUGAGGAAAUGCUGGACGAAGAAGGCAGAACCAGGUUAAAAUUAAAGGUAGAAAAUACUAUCCGGUGGCGGACACGCCGGGAUGAGGAAGGAAAUGAAAUUAAGGAAAGCAACGCUCGGAUCGUCAAGUGGUCAGACGGCAGCAUGUCCCUGCACUUGGGCAAUGAGGUCUUCGACGUGUACAAGGCCCCGCUGCAGGGCGACCACAACCACCUCUUCAUCAGGCAGGGCACGGGCCUGCAGGGCCAGGCGGUCUUCAAGACGAAGCUGACCUUCAGGCCGCACUCCACGGACAGCGCCACGCACAGGAAGAUGACGCUGUCGCUCGCAGAUAGGUGCUCGAAGACGCAGAAGAUCAGGAUCUUGCCGAUGGCCGGCCGCGACCCCGAGUGCCAGCGCACGGAGAUGAUCAAGAAGGAAGAGGAGCGCCUGCGGGCCUCCAUCCGCCGCGAGUCGCAGCAGCGCCGCAUGCGCGAGAAGCAGCACCAGCGCGGGCUGAGCGCCAGCUACCUGGAGCCCGACCGCUACGACGAGGAGGAGGAGGGCGAGGAGUCCAUCAGCCUGGCCGCCAUCAAGAACCGCUACAAGGGCGGCAUCCGCGGAAGGCGAGCCGUCUGGAAAGAGGAAGGCGGAAGACGAUGACAAGGCCAGUAAGAAGCAUAAGAAGUAUGUGAUCAGUGACGAGGAGGAGGAAGACGACGACUGAGGCGUGACAUGUGGACUUUUAUAUCAGUUGUACAGUUUGUUUUAUAAAUAUGUAAACGAGCUAUUUUGAUUGAAACGAUUUGCAUUUGUGCAAUUUUAAUUGUAAUAAGAACCCUUCAAAGCAA